AUGAUCAAGGCGAUCCUCAUUUUCAACAACCAUGGCAAGCCACGGCUCUCCAAGUUCUACCAACCCUACAAUUUAAUUCAUGUGUUCAUGGAAACAUUACACAAAUGUUUUGAAAAUGUCUGUGAACUAGAUUUAAUUUUCCACGUAGACAAAGUUCACAAUAUUCUUGCAGAAAUGGUGACUGGGGGGAUGAUAUUGGAGACCAACAUAAAUGAAAUUGUUAUACAAAUUGAUGCACAAAAUAAACUGGAGAAAUCUGAGGCUGGCUUAGCAGGAGCUCCAGCCCGUGCUUUAUCAGCUGUAAAGAAUAUGAAUCUUCCUGAGAAACCAAGGAAUAUUAACAUUGGUGACAUCAGUAUAAAAGUGCCAAACCUGCCCUCUUAUAAAUAA